CUUCGCCAGAUGGUGCAGCCUUUUCUUUUGUUUACCCAUCGUCCCCGAGUUUACCUAACUAACCCUUAACUACCAAACUAUGGAAACUGCCCGAGCAGCAUCAUCGUCGGACACCGACAAGUAACUGAGCCUGUGAAUUGGGAGAGAGAGAGAGAGUGACACCAGGAUGGGAAUGCUAUAGUAGCAACUCCGUGCCAAAACUGAGGACCAUCUUUCACCCCUCUGCUGCAUUUAGUACCGCUGCUCAUUUUUAUCGUAGCAGCUCGACAGCAGAGCAGUUUGACAAAACGUUGGAUAAUGCCCUGCGUUCCUGCUUGAGCAGAACCUAGGGAUGUAUAAUGACUGAAUGAAUUGAAACGUACUGAAUCGAUGGACAAGAGGAAGUUCCCUGGCACAAUGUACAGGCAAGGGGACACGUCAUCCAAAAGACGCCCGGGUGGUGGAAGUGCAACACCCUCCUCCUCUAUGCAGCAGGGUCGUAUCCGGGCUGUGGAGGUGGCGAGAGGAAGAACUGGGUACGGCUUUACUCUGUCAGGCCAAGGUCCAUGUGUCCUCAGCUGCAUCCUGAAAGGGAGCCCUGCAGACUAUGUAGGUUUGCGUUCAGGAGACCACAUCCUCUCCGUCAAUGACAUCAACGUCUCCAAGGCGUCGCAUGAAGAUGUGGUCAAACUGAUUGGACGCUGCUCUGGUGUCCUGAAACUGGUCAUCGCUGAGGGAGAACGCCACAGGCGGCACCAUCACCACCAUCAACGCACCGCUGGAACUCGUCACCAUAGCAGCAACACGGUGGCAGCAUCUUACCUGGACUCAUGCUCAAGUGAUGAUGAGUUGGAUGGUUUCUAUGACAACAGUGUUAACAACAACAACAACAGCAGGUCAGGCUGUGGAGCCCGCGGGGGGUGGUGCAAACCCAAAGUGGAUUCUAAGCAGCUGGGCAUCAACAGGGCGGAGAAGGUUGUAGCGGAGCUGCAGUCCGGGGGGAUUUUUAACAUGAUCUUUGAGAACUCCAGCCAGUCCUCCAGCAGCUCAGACAAGGACAGACCCGGGGCCAGCUCAUCAUCAAAGCCACGUCCGCUGUCUGAUCCAGAGUUGCCUCCGUAUAGGACCUCCUCCCGUUCCCAGAGCAACCCCAACCUGCUCUCCGAGGAGGAGAUGGCCCAAGUUCUGAAUGACGACUCAGUCUUCCUGGACGCAGACUUCCGUCAUCUCCACCUUCAACACCACGAAGAAGAGCAAGACUUGGAUGUAGGAGAUGGUGGCGACUUGUGCCUCGAGCCCAGCGAGGGCAUCCUCAAUGUGGGCAUGAUUGUUGGCUAUCUGGGCUCCAUUGAGCUGGCCUCCAUCGGGGCCAGUUUAGAGAGUGACAGCCUGCAAGCCAUCAGAUGCAGCAUGAGGCGCCUCCGGGCCGAGCAGAAGAUCCAUUCACUGGUCCUUAUGAAGGUAAUGCACGACAGUGUGCGUCUGUGCAGUGACAGAGGUCAGGUUCUGGCCACCUACCCCGCAGAAAAACUUGCCUUCAGCGCCUGCUGUCCUGAUGACCGUCGAUUCUUCGGACUGGUCACGAUGCAGGCCACUGACGACCAUGACGAUUUUCACUUCAACAACGAAAGAGAUGAAGAGGGCAGUUUGAGGACUUCCUGUCACGUGUUCAUCGUGGACCCAGACCUCUGUCACCACCAGGUCCAUUUAGGUGUAGCGAGGAGGUUUGGCUUCGAGUGCACCCCGGACCAAGACACAGGAGGCUGCCUGGAAUUCCCGCCCAGCUCUCAGCCUCUCCUCCAGUUUGUCUCCGUCCUAUACCGGGACAUGGGGGACAAUAUUGAGGGCGUCCGCGCCCGGGCCUUCCACGAUCCAGACAACGACGCUCAGCAGAACCACAGCACCAGCAGCAACAGCGACAGUGGGAUCGGCAACUUUUUACCAGAAGAGAAGAGCAACAGAGUGCUUUUAGUCGACCUUGGGGGUCCUCCGAACCACAACCACAUCUCUGGGCCACGCCACUGGGAUAGCCCACCUUCGUCCCAGCAGGCCUGGAGCCCCACCCUCGGAGCCGCAGCCCCUCACCCCCCUCCUCCUCCUCCGCCGCCAGCUCUGAGAAACGGCCACUACCGUCACGAGCCUCACCUGGCUGACCUCCCUCACCCUCUCCCCUUGGCUCACCACGAUGUCCCCGGCAGGCAUUCACGAGGGGUCCACCCACACCACUACUCACCAGGGAAGCGGGGAGGAGCUGUGGGGGGAGGAGAAAAAAGAGGGGGUGGAGGUGCAGGGGCAGGGGUGGAGCCGCAGCGGUGGCUGCCAGUCCAUGUGCUGAGAGACUGGCGUCAGCAGCACCACCACAGCCACCUCCAGGGUGUCAGCAGCGAUCAGGAGUCCUACGCAGAAUCCACCGACGGAUGGUCAUCAGCGAACUGCAGCACCCUGCCCCCACCCAUGAAUAAGAUCCCGGCCGACCGCUACAGGGCCCCGCUGGCCCCCGGAGACCACCUGCCACCACCUGGAGGGAGCCAACCUCCUCUUCCUCCUCCUCCUCCUCCUCCUCCUCCUCCUCCCCAUCCCCACUCCCACACCCACCGGCUGGCUGCUCAGAAAGAUGAGUGGGCUAAGAAAAUUUUUGGUACUGGAGACCGGGAGAGAGCUGGAGCAGAGAGAGGUGAAAGAGAGAAGAAACGAGGGAAUGCAAAGGAGGGAGACAAAAAGGGUGGUCGGUUCCGCGGUCUGACCAUGGGCUUCCCUCCUCUCCCCCAGCGCUCAUCAGCCAGACGCUCUUUUGGACGCUCCAAACGUCACAGCUUGGCCCGCUCUCUGGAUGACCUGGAGUCCACUGCAGUCUCUGAUGGAGAACUCAACAGCGUGGAGCUGCAGGGCUGCAGCAGCGACAACAGUCUGAACAGUAAUGCCAGCCUGCCCAGCGUUCAGAGCCACCGGCGCCACACUGAGAGAAGAGUGGCCAGCUGGGCUGUCUGCUUCGAGAGACUGCUGCAGGACCCCGUGGGAGUCCGCUACUUCUCGGAGUUCCUAAAGAAAGAGUUCAGUGAGGAGAAUAUCCUGUUCUGGCAGGCUUGUGAGUUCUUCAGCCACGUUCCUGAGAAUGACAAGAAGCAGCUCUCUCAGCGCGCCAGGGAGAUUUACAACAGCUUCCUGUCCAGUAAAGCCACAACACCGGUCAACAUAGACAGUCAAGCUCAGCUCGCUGACGACAUACUAAACGCCCCUCGACCUGACAUGUUUAAGGAGCAGCAACAGCAGAUCUUCAACCUGAUGAAGUUCGACAGCUACACACGGUUCCUCAAGUCUCUGCUGUACCAGGAGUGCAUGCUGGCGGAAGUGGAGGGCAGGCCGUUGCCUGACCCUUACCAUAUCCCCAGCAGCCCCAACUCCAAACACAGCACCACCAGCUCCGACCGCUCGAACCUGUCCACACCCAAGAAGGAGGACAAAAAGAGCAAGUCGGGCAGGUCCUUAAAUGAGGACAGUCGGGAUGAUUCAGGAGACCGGAAGAAAGGCAUUUUCUUCUCUUGGUCCCGCAACAGGAGCUUUGGCAAAGGCCCGAAGAAACGAGAGCUGGCCGACAUCAACUACAAUUUCUCUGGCAGCAAUGGUCGCCGUGAAUCCCAGGGCUCACUGUCUUCAGGAGCCAGUCUGGAGCUGGGGGGGUCGGGGUCGGGGAAGAACGAGGGUGAUGUUUCCCGUGGUGCAGUAUCUGUGUCAACAGAGCGUGGAGGGGGCAGCGCCCCCUUGAGGCAGUGUAACAUAAGCUUGCCGGACGGCUCAUGUUGCUCUGUGCCACUGAGGGCCGGGGUGUCCAUCAGAGACCUGCUGAUGGGCCUCUGUGAGAAGCUCUGCAUCAACCUGGCAGCUAUAGACCUCUUCCUGGUCGGAGGGGAGAAGCCACUUGUUUUAGACCAAGACUGUAUGACAUUGUGCUCUCGGGAUCUCCGGCUAGAAAAACGCACUCUCUUCAGACUCGACCUGGUCCCUAUUAACCGCUCGGUGGGCCUGAAAGCAAAGCCCACCAAGCCAGUGACUGAGGUCCUCAGGCCGGUGGUGGCCAAAUACGGCCUGCACCUCGCUAACUUGGUGGCACGCAUUAGUGGAGAGUUGGAGCCAUUAGAUCUCGGUCUUCCUAUAUCCAACCUGGACGGGCUGCGAGUGGUUUUAGAUCUUGCAGAAAACACUCCUGGAAAAGCAGACAAACAGAAAGCAGCUCCCUCUAAGAGCCUCGCUCCAGCCUCGACGAGCAGAAACCAAUCGACAACAGGUGAGGACAGGCCGUCAGGGAAAGCCGGUUCAGCCCACCCCCAUGGGGAAAACGGCAAGACUGGGCCCAGCCCUGACACAAGCAGCCAGCCCUUACCCAACCACUCUGUCUCUUUCCAUAAGGCUCCGGAGAAAAGAAAGCAGAAAAAGAUUAAUAUAGAUGAAGCUGAAGAGUUCUUCGACCUCAUAUCCAAAGCUCAGAGCAACCGAGCAGACGACCAGCGAGGCCUGCUAAGCAAAAGCAACCUGCAGCUCCCAGACUUUCUGCGCUUGUCGCCAGUGGCAACCAACAGGGCUGCGCCCCCUCCCUAUGACCCCGAGCCCAGUUGCUCCACCCCUUAUUCCCGUAACCCCAACAACGGCAGCCUCCCUAGCAGCGGUCGCGGGGGCAAUAAGGCAAACAGCAACGACAGGGGAGGAGGGGGAGGCGGCGCCUACUUGCUCAACGCGAGCCAUCAGUCCCAGAGCUUGGACUCUGCGCUGGGAACUGACAGUGGAGGGGGGAGGAAAGCCAGGCCGCCUCCUCCGUUUCCUGCCACCAUCUCCCCCAUCCACCCGUCCACCCAGGGUGCCCAGCGUGCUCUCCUCCAGGACUCCAGGGGGGAAUCUGUCCAGAUGCUGGAGGAGGACACGCUGUCCGACCUGACUCUUGUGGGAGAGGGGGACAUUGACAGCCCCAGCCUCAACUACGUUACUCCCUCAGCCCUACAGUGCAGACCCCACCCCCGACCCCAACAACAAGCACAGGACGGGCGGCCUAGCUCAGAUAAAGACAGAAACAGAUGGAGAGACAGGGAAAGAGGAGGAGGUGAUGGAGGAUUCAAAAUGCCCAGCAGAAGAACAACAGCUUCCAACCCCAUCCCUCCCUCUCCUCCUCAUCCUCUUCCUCCCCAACGGCCUCCUCUUCGCUCACGUCGCAAAUCCAAGUCACCUUCAUCCCGCUCCAACCACUCGACCCCAAAACGAGCCUUGGACUUGGACAAUAUCGGGGCCCCAACUGACAAAGAGGACAGCAGGCGAGCCCACAGAGGGUCCCGGGACCUCCGGGGGCCUCGGGGUUCAGAACUGGACAGGAAGUGGGAGGGUGUGGCCUUGGAGCUGCGUUGCCGUGGCAGCAGGAUGAGGUCCGCAGUGUACCAGACUUCAGACUCGCCCUCCAUGGUCAAAGCCAAGAAACAGUUGGAACAGAGUGAGGGCAAAGGGCAGAUAGACCGGAGUAAAUUGAAAGCAACCUUUGUUUGAGGAGCUCGACGUUGAGCUGAUUCACAGACCUGAUGAUGUCGCCUGUGACUCUGACCACACUGACGGCGUCUGCAGCAGCUGAAACAUUGUCAAGUUGAGGUGAAGGUCUUAGUGUCAACAACUGUGCAGCUGCUCCCAGACUCUACACCGAGGGCUGCUAUUAGAAGUAUAUAAUAUAGCGAAUAUUGUACUUUUAAUUCAACUGCACCUUUUAUUUUUAUUUAUUUUUACAGCUAUUAUUACAAAAAAAACAUAUUGCCUUUAUAAAAUAUAAUGAAUGUUUAGAUGAAAAUGCCCAGCUCCAAGAACACUUCAGAAAAAAGGAAACAAUUCAAUCUUAUUUUGCUUUAUUCUAUUUGUCUAAAUGUGAAGAUGAAUUGGCAGUGUCAUUCCAAACUCACAGACGGAUGUACGCCACCUCAUGUUUUGAAUAAUAAAGUAUAGUUGUACUGUAUCUCAUUAACUGCAUAAGCAGUAUCUAAAACAUUUAGUUUUUGUAUACAGUAUGUACUAUAUACUAUGUAGUACAUAAUUGGGACACAGUAAUGCACUUGGGCCAGCUGUCAACCUUCUCCAUCACUAUGUGUUGUGUCCUUGCAGAGCAAUACUUUAACACCAGUAGUUCUUUGGUUCUGUAUUUUGACAUAAAUCUGUGAGUUAAAGGGGAACUCAAGGGAUUUAGUAUUGCUCUUCCAAAAACUCGGAUGAUGAUGUGCAAACAGACAAACUCGAAGCAGCACAGGCUGAAAUAUUCUGACUCUCAGUCUUCAUUGUGGGUCAAGCUCUUAAAAUGUUGGCUUCUUUAGUUGUUAUAAUACAACUUCACAGCGUCUUUUGCUAGAUCCUCCUUUACUGGUAAACGCCCACGUCUUUAAAACUCUGCGACCCCAGUUUGCAACACAGACUUAAGAAUGCGCAGCCUUCACCCCUGACGACUACAUCAGGGUUACUUUUCAGAAUUGAACAAACUUGUGCAGAGCCACAGAUGACAUCAUACAGCUGUUUUCACAAACUAAGUAGGCUACUACUAAUCAUGGUGAGGAGACAAAUAAUGAAAACUGUAUCAGUAUUAAAGUUCCUCUUUUACAUGUCAAUCACCUACAUUACAAUUAAAUAUGAACAUUUUGAAAAGAAAACCCAAGGACAUUUCCAGUUGUCUGCGUUACUUAGUAUAACGCUGUGAAGGAAAGACACUUUGUGAGAUAAGUGUUCCAGGCACCAGCUAGUUCAUUCAAUUCACCGGUCGUUCCAGAAAUAAAUGCCCCUGAAAGAGACCCUGGAAGUAAUACCACCCCUAAACAUCCAGUCUUGAGUCAAGUGCCUUGGUCUUACUGUAUAUUGGUAAAUGGAUAUAGCACUUUUGCAAUCUUUGUGACCACUCAAAGUGCUUUACACCACAUGUUGGCUAUGCAAAUUGGGGUACAGUAUCUUACCCAAGGGCCCUUUGACCUGUGGACGACCACUCUACCUCCUGAGCCACAGUUGCUAUAUUACACUGGACCUUGAUGCUGAGAGACAACGGAAUCAGCAGGACUGCUGUAUUCCCUCAUUUUGCAGCCAGGAUGUUCAUAUGAACAUAAU